UGUGCAUGCAUGAAAAUCGAAGUAAAAUGGGUCGUUUCAGACAUUGUUCAGAAGAACAGUGUAGUUUGAUUAAAGAGGGGAAAACUAUAUACAAAGAAGUGCUGAAGGAAGAUCAAAAGUGCAAAAAAGUGUAAAGUGCAAAAACAUCUGCAAAUAGUGACCCCCCCCAGACUGCCAUUUACAGUAUUUACAGUUUAACAGCAGAUCAGACUGUUGCAGAGUGACUGUCUAUGCUAAGAUUGCACAUAAGUGACAAGAGAGAGACGUGUGUAAUGUGGGACCCUCGAGACGUGGAAGUGACACAGAGCUGGGGCUCUAAAUGUCAUCAUGUCGGUCAGCGUCCAUGAAAACCGUAAAUCCCGCACCAGUACUGGAUCCAUGAAUAUCUCAUUAUACCAUAAACUCUCCCAUUCUGACUGUGUUCUAAACCAUCUCAAUACCAUGCGAAAGCAGCGGCUCUUUACUGACGUGACCCUGUGGGCUGGAAACAGAUCUUUCCCCUGUCAUCGUGCGGUGCUGGCUGCCUGCAGUUCCUAUUUUGAGGCCAUGUUCAGCAAUGGGUUGAGGGAGAGCCUAGAUAACACCGUGAAUUUCCAUGACAGCCUUCACCCAGAAGUACUAGAACUUUUACUUGACUUUGCUUAUUCUUCCAAAAUGAUCAUCAAUGAAGAAAACGCAGAAUCUCUUCUGGAAGCGGGAGACAUGCUCCAGUUUCACGAUGUACGGGACGCAGCUUGUGAGUUUUUAGAAAAAAACCUUUAUCCCUCCAAUUGUUUGGCAAUGAUGAUUUUGUCAGAUGCACAUCAAUGCCAGAGACUGUACGAGUUGUCCUUGAGAAUGUGCUUGUCCAACUUUGCAACUCUGCACAACAGCGAAGACUUCAGCAGUCUUUCCAAGGAUAUGGUGCUCGACUUGAUUUCCAGCGACGAAUUGGAGAUUGAGGAGGAGCAGGUGGUGUUUAAUGCUGUAAUUCACUGGGUAAAGGAGGACUUGGACAAAAGGAAGGAUUAUUUUCCAGAACUGUUGAGAAAUGUAAGACUGGCUUUGCUCCCUUCGGAAUUGCUGAAGGAAGCCGUGGUUUGUGAGGAUUUAAUUAUGGCAGACGAGAGAAGCAAAUUAAUAAUGGAUGAAGCUGUUCACUGCAAGAAAAAGCUACUUCAGAAUGAUGGAGUAGUUACAAAUCUGUGUGCUAAGCCUCGUAAAGCAGGUCACACCUUACUCAUUUUAGGAGGACAGACUUUUAUGUGCGAUAAGAUUUAUCAAGUUGAUCACAAAGCCAAAGAAAUAAUUCCAAAGGCUGAUCUUCCAAGUCCAAGGAAAGAGUUCAGUGCCUGCGCUAUUGGGUGUAAGGUCUAUGUAACUGGUGGACGCGGUUCUGAAAAUGGAGUGUCAAAAGAUGUUUGGGUUUACGAUACGAUCCAUGAAGAAUGGUCAAAGUCAGCACCAAUGCUAAUCGCAAGGUUCGGGCAUGGCUCCGCUGAACUGGAGAACUGCCUUUAUGUGGUUGGUGGGCACACAGCAGUUGCAGGAGUUUUCCCUGCCUCUCCAUCAGUGUCAUUGAAACAAGUUGAAAAGUAUGAUCCAUUGACCAAUAAAUGGACUAUGAUGGCGCCAUUGAGGGAUGGUGUAAGUAAUGCAGCUGUGGUCAGUGCUAAGCUUAAACUCUUUGUCUUUGGAGGCACAAGUAUCCAUCGAGAUAGAGUCUCCAAAGUUCAGUGUUAUGAUCCAGAUGACAACCGAUGGAGUAUUAAAGCUGAAUGCCCACAGCCAUGGCGUUACACUGCUGCAGCCGUGCUAGGGAGUCAGAUUUUUAUUAUGGGGGGUGAUACUGAAUUCACAGCCGCCUCUGCAUAUCGUUUUGAUUGUGAGACCAACCUAUGGACGAGAAUAGGAGACAUGACUGCAAAACGGAUGUCCUGCCACGCAUUGGCUUCAGGGAAUAAAGUGUACGUGGUAGGAGGUUACUUUGGGACACAACGGUGUAAAACUUUAGACUGUUAUGAUCCAACUUCAGACUCCUGGAAUAGCAUCACCUCAGUGCCUUAUUCUCUCAUACCUACUGCUUUUGUUAGCACUUGGAAGCAUUUGCCGGCAUGAGAAGAUCUGCAGAAUAAAGAGGCAAAUUGAUGAACUCUGGUUUGGUACUCCUGUGUCAGCUCUUAUGGUGCAAAAGCACAGAGAGAUUUGGUUGCGGAAAAUAAAAAGCUCACCAUCAAAUUAACUUGAAAUUAAGAUCAUACUUACGUUUCCAUAAGGUCAAAAUCUGCGGCCAAUACAAAGCACAGUGGGUGGGAGGCUGGACUGUUACUUGUUUAUUUCUCUUUCCAGCCCCGUCCGUAUUCAGCCCUGAUUCUGUUAUUCGCCCAUUCAACCUGAUAACAGUAAAUAUUUAAAGGAUAGCAUGGAAAGUAACUUGAAUAAUACGACAACUGAGCAACUGGAAGCCUGGGGGGCAGGUGUGACUCUUCAGUAGGUUUCUAUAGCCUUUUGCAUUAGUCUGACUUCCAAACAUGUGCCAUGGUGCAUUAUUAAUCCACUAUAUGGAAGAAUACAGCACUGGUUUACAUCUUACAUAACUACUGUGUUAUAAUGGGUCUUUUUGUAAUGCUCCAACUUGUAAAAUGACCUAUUAUUUGGAAAACCCCAGAUAAUAGGUCUGAGAAAAAACUGGGAUUCAUUCACAUGUCCAAUUUUGGAGCACUAUACCCCCUUUUAAACAUAAGUGCAAUGAAUAGGGAGGGGCAUGUGCUGAAAAUCUUUUUGGAUUAUUGCUGCCUAUAACAAAAAAAGUCUGAAGCUACUCUAUGUUUGGUCCUUACAAGAUAAUAAGAUGCCUAUGAAAAAAAGUCUGAAGCUACUUUAUGUUUGGUCCUUACAAGAUAAUAAUACAAGAUAAUAAGAUGCCUAUCACAAAAAAGUCUGAAGCUACUCCAUGUUUGUUCCUUACAAGAUAAUAAGAUGUCUAUCACAAAAAAAGUCUGAAGCUACUCCAUGUUUGGUCCUUACAAGCUAAUAAGAUGCCUAUCACAAAAAAAAAAAUCUGAAGCUGCUCCUUGUUUGGUCCUUACAAGAUAAUAAGAUGCCUAUCACAAAAAAGUCUGAAGCUACUCCUUGUUUGUUCCUUGCAAGAUAAUA